CGCAAAAGCAAAGAAACCGAAAAGAAACAACCCCGCUCCGAAAGCCUCCCGAUCUACAACUCCAACGGGCACCUCGUCACCAAGGGCAUCCAGCCCGAAGGCGAGUCCGGGCGCGCCGGCUUCCACCCCAUGCACUUCCUGCGCAUCAUCUUCCGCUCGGGCAACAAAGUCUCGUGCGCGGUCAACCUCCUGUGGCCCGCCGUACCCGCCGCGAUCGCCGUGCACUUCGUGAGCACCGCGGGCGACAACCACGACUACCACCUCGCGACGUUCGUGCUCAACUACAUCGCCAUGGUCCCCGCUGCGAACACGAUCGGCUUCGCGGGCCAGGAGCUCGCGCGGAAGCUGCCCAAGGUUAUUGGUGUCGUGCUCGAGACGGUGUUGGGCGGGAUCGUCGAGAUUGUGCUGUUUAUUGUGCUUAUUAAGCAGGGCGCGGGCAAGAUUCCGGUUAUUAGGGCUGCUAUUCUCGGUUCGGUGCUUGCGAAUUUGCUGUUGUGUCUUGGGCUAUGCUUUGUGGCGGGCGGGGCGAAGCGCGAGGAGCAGGAGUUCCAUCCCGCUGUUAGUGAAGUUGGUAGCGGGCUGAUGCUCGUUGCCGGAAUGGCCUUGGUCGUCCCCACGAUCUUCGUGAGCGCUCUCUCUGCGGACAGCAUACAGGGCGACUUUGCCUCGGAGACACUGAGCAUCAGCCGCGGGACGUCGAUCGUGCUCCUCAUCGCCUUUUUCAUUUACAUGUACUUCCAGCUGAAGACGCACCACGGCCUCUACGACGAGAUCCUCGAGUACGACGAGCUCCGCGACAAGGACGCGCAUAAGGACCGCGUGCGCCCGCACCUGACCCUGUUCGAGUCCAUCGCCGCCCUCGUCAUCUCGAUCACCUGCGUCUCGAUGAUCGCCGUGUUCCUCGUCGAGGAGAUCGACUUCAUCGUCGAAGAGCGCCACGUCAAAGACGCCUUCGUCGGCCUCAUCCUCGUCCCGCUCGUCGAAAAAGCCGCAGAACACCUAACAGCCGUCGACGAAGCCUACGACGACCAGAUGAACUUCGCCCUCUCGCACGUCCUCGGCGCAUCCGUGCAGACCGUGCUCUUCAACACCCCCCUCGUCGUCAUCAUCGGGUGGGGCAUCGGCGUGCCGAUGGACCUCAACUUUGCGAUAUUCGACGCCGUCGUGCUCGUCCUCGCGAUCCUCGUCGUCGGCAGCUUUCUGCGCGACGGGAAGAGUAAUUAUUUGGAGGGCGCGUUGUGUGUGCUUACGUAUGUUAUUAUUGCGAUUUGCGCGUUCUUCUAUCCGAAUCCGGAUAAUGCGGCGGGUGCGGCGGAGGUGGGAGGGGAGGCGGCGGGGGAGGCGGCGGCUGUUCUUGUGCGUGCGUUCAGCGGGUGAGCGGGUGUGGCUGUGACGGAUAGAUAGAUCUAAAAGGAUGGCAUACGGACUGUUGCUUUUCGUCCGCGCUGGCGGGCCAUACCAAAGGAUAUACAUAAUAGUACUACUCAUACCUAACCAUAACAGCGUGUUAUCUCUCAGAACAUUACUUGAAACUGAACCUUGUGGAUCCAUCGUCG